CCUCGUGGUGCCUUCUGCUGAGAAGACCCAAGGAAAGAAAGAGGAGGCCAGGUUUCGACUGUAGCUUCUGGCUUACCUGUGCAGUCCAAUUUUGAGCUGCCUCUUUGUAGUCCUAAGAGACAAGAGCUCCCACUAACCCAUACGUUUCUGUGGACCAGUCCUGUGUCUACUCCUUGCCAUGGCUCAGCUCCAAACACGCUUCUACACUGAUAACAAGAAAUAUGCGGUAGAUGAUGUUCCCUUCUCAAUCCUUGCUGCCUCUGAAAUUGCUGAUCUUAGUAACAUCAUCAAUAAAUUGCUGAAAGACAAAAAUGAGUUCCACAAAUAUGUGGAAUUUGAUUUCCUUAUCAAGGGCCAGUUUCUGCGCAUGCCAUUGGUCAAAGACACGGAACUGGAGAACAUCUCAUCAGAAGAAGUUGUGGAACUAGAAUAUGUAGAAAAGUACACUGCACCCCAGCCAGAGCAAUGCAUAUUCCAUGAUGACUGGAUCAGUUCAAUUAAAGGGGCAGAGGAAUGGAUCUUGACUGGUUCUUAUGAUAAGACUUCUCGGAUCUGGUCCUUGGAAGGAAAGUCAAUAAUGACAAUUGUGGGACAUACAGACGUUGUAAAAGAUGUGGCUUGGGUGAAAAAAGACAGUUUGUCUUGCUUGUUACUGAGUGCCUCUAUGGAUCAGACUAUUCUUUUAUGGGAGUGGAAUGUAGAGAGAAACAAAGUAAAAGCCCUACACUGCUGCAGAGGUCAUGCUGGAAGUGUGGUCUCUGUAGCCAUCGAUAGCUCAGGAACUAAAUUUUGCAGUGGCUCCUGGGAUAAGAUGCUAAAGAUCUGGUCUACAGUGCCUACAGAUGAAGAAGAUGAAAUUGAGGAAUCUACAAAUCGACCUCGAAAGAAACAGAAAACAGAGCAGCUGGGACUAACAAGGACUCCCAUGGUGACCCUCUCUGGCCACAAGGAAGCAAUUUCGUCAGUUCUCUGGUCAGAUGCUUUAUGCAUCUGCAGUGCCUCUUGGGACCUUUCUCCUUCCAGUUCUCCUCCACAACGUCUUUCUGUGGAGUCUCUUAGACAUUCUGACUGGCGGCCUUUCUUGCCCACCAUGUUGGCUCCUCCCCCACAGUUUUUAUGA